AUGAGUGAUUUUGCAGACAUCGACAAAAUUUUCACAUCAGAAUGCAGCUCAAGAACGGUGCAAGCUAACGAGAAUGGAUUCUUCAAAAACUUCUAUUACACCAUCGUCGACAGCUUCAAAACCGAAGACGAGUGGAAGAAUUGGUUGAAGAAUCAAUUCGGAAAAUUGGAGAGCGAUGAAGAGAAAUUGCAGCUUCUCUUUAAUGAUCCGUCGGUCUCUUGGGAUAUUUUAGGCACUCUCGAGCAUGUUACGGAAAUAUAUCGGAAGAAAGAUUCAAUGUUUUCAUGGCAGAAGCGUGAGCAAGUGAUGAAAUUACUGAAACAACAUGACACCGGCAAUUGCUCCAUUGGGCUCGAUAAAAUUCUCAUAUUGGCCAGUCAAGCUGUGAUGCGAGGACCAAUGAAAGACGUCGAUAAAGACAUUGACAAUGGACUGACGUUGUGUCUUGCACUCAUGACACGUUCUGAAGUGUUUUUCAAAAUGAAUGACGGUUUGAAUGGCCUCAAUGAUCUUCAAUUGGCUGUAAAAUGCGGUUUGCCUGUGAGAAACAAUCCGGAUUAUUAUGCAAAGUUGGCAAAAUUUUAUGCAAUGUUGAAUGAAGAGAAAAAAUGUGAAAUUUCUAUAAAACUCUACCACCAACUUCUAGGGUGCGACGACCAUCGUAAAAAGUUAUUGGAAAACGAAACAAAUGACAUCAAAGCGAGAAUGGAGUCACUUGCAUGUUUAAUGCAGCAUAAGAAGUUUCAACGCAAACCACUUCCAACAUUAAAUCGAGAAGAGUCAUCUGAGACAUUGACGGAAGCUCAAAAGUGUACAUCGAAAAGUUUACAGUUGGUUGAAUCGCCAGAAGCUGGAAAAUAUUUUAUUGCAAAUGGUGAGAUUGGAACUGCCGAAACUUUAUUAGUUGAAAAGGCAAAAUGUGCUUGUUUAUAUCCGAAAAACUUUGGAACUCAUUGCUAUCAUUGCUUUGCACGACUUGUUGCACCUAUUGGAUGUACUGAGUGCGCAUCUGUUGCAUUUUGUUCAACUGAUUGUCGUGACAUCGCUUUAAGCACUUAUCACAAAUAUGAAUGCAAAUAUCUCGAUAUGAUGAUCGGUUCCGGGAUGUCAAUUUUAUGUCACUUAGCAUUGAGACUUGUCUUGCAAACCGGCACACCAGAAAAAGCAAUUGAAGAAGGAAAGAAGUUGACAGUUGUUUUGUGCAAGAACUCAAAGAUGCGAAGCAAUGAAGACUUCUUCAAGCGAUGUCUCAUGACGACGUUUCUCUUGCGAUGCUUACAGAAAUCAGAAUUCUUUGGACGACGAACCACAGAAUCGGCUGAACCAACAUCUCUAGAGAUGGAAGUUGGAACACUUUUGUUCGCUUAUCUUCAAGCUUUACAAUUUAACGCUCAUGAAAUUGCUGAGACAGUUUCAAGUGGUCACAAGUUCAUAAAGUCUCGAAUUAAUUACAUUGGCGUUGGCAUUUAUGAAGUGGGAGCGAUGUUCAAUCACGAGUGUUAUCCAUCCAUCACAAGAUACUUCAAUUCAACAUAUUUGAUUUUCAACUCAAUUCGACCUCAUGCGAAAGGCGAAAUAAUUGCUGAAAAUUACGGACCAAUUUUCACGAAGCAAACUCUCCAAGAGCGACAACGGAAUUUGGCAUCACGGUACUGGUUUAAGUGUUCCUGUCAAGCAUGCAAAGAGAAUUGGCCUGUACUCGAUAAACUCAAUAACAAAUGUCGGAUUCGUUGCCCUGACGAUUCUUGCAAAGGAUUCUUCAAUUAUCCACAAGAUUAUAUGAAACAAGUUAAAUGUCGAGUUUGCAAGAAAAAUGUUUCGUUGCAGAUGUCAGUCAAUUUGCUACUUGAAGCUGAAGAUUUGUUCGAGCAAGGUGCAGUUCAUAUGGAUGCUGAGAAUGUCAACGAUGCUGUCCAAAGCUUUAAAACGGGAAUUGAAAUCUUUCACAAAGUCGCUCUGCCACCCCACAGAGAUCUUCACAUUGCACAAGAGUCUUUGAGGGCUUGUUUGUCAACUGAGGGAAAUACAUUUGAAUUAUAAUUAUUUUCAUGUGAAUGAAACUUGAUUGGAUUAAUGGCAAUCGAAUUAAAAGAACGGAAGCUUUAAAUGUUUGAGGUUUUGAACAUUUCUUUAAACUUUUUCAUCUCACUCUACAAAAAAGC